CCGAUGAGAUUAUGGCUGCCGUCCUGUUUUCAAGCACAAUGUCUCAAAACACCACCACCAAUGUCAAUGACGAUGUGAAGCCCACAAUUUUCCAUGAUUUCCUUGGCCGUCAGUGUGCUCCAUUGCUUCACUGCGCCGCCGCCGACGGUGGUUCCCCUUCUCCUUCUGCAUCGCGUGCCGGUGGUGCCCCCAUUUCCACUACUUCUGAUCUGGAUUCUGACAGACAGGUUGGAUCUCAUCUUGAAGGAGUGCCAUUUUAUGGCCAAAGAAACGAUUUUUCACCCUCAGAAAUCCGUAACCGAUAUGCAGGGAGUAAACGCAGUAACUCAGAUUAUGUAUUCAUGGGUUCAUCCAGAGAUGGUGUCCCCCAAAUCAGACCAGAUUUUCCAGAAAACUCACAUCUGAUGAAGGUCCUUUCGAAUAUAGGGCAGCAAGAACAACUAAAACGACCCCAUGAAGUUGAAGCUUUCAUGGCUGCUCAUCCAAUUAGACCAACAUCUAAAUGGGAACGAGCCAUUCCGGUUAACGUUGGGCCAUUAUUGCAGUACCCUCCACGAGCUGGUCAAGCUGUACCAAAUGCAUAUCAAACACUUUCAAAUCGAUUUAAAGAUGCCAAUGUGGGUUCAGUGAUUUCCCAAUCAGCUGCUGAUCAAGGAUCUAGAACUGGAAUCAAAGGGUCAGGAAUUUUGAGCAGCUCGAUUAACGUCAAUGGUGGCGUAGCUGAACCAGCUAUUGGCAAACAGAAGUCUGUAAUCAGUGUUCCUGAGCCAGGGUCGUCUUCUCCUCUUCGCCGACAAGGUUCAACGUCUGCUAGUCGCCAGAUGACUAUAUUUUACGGCGGUCAAGCUCAUGUCUUUGAUGAUGUUCAUCCGAACAAAGCAGAUGCGAUAAUGGCUCUGGCCGGAUCUACUGGUGCAUCAUGGUCAACAAGUUACUCCAAUUCGGUCGUCAAACCAGCCAGACCCAGUGGUGAAAAUAUUCCGGUGACUGGUGAAAACACUGGCAUGGCCGCCAGUAACUCUGGUUUGCCACGUGGAAGAUUCUAUGUUGCUGGGAGUUCAAGUCCUGGGGCUGUCUCAAAUGAUCGAAGGUCAAUGCCUCAUGGAGGGCAUGGUGGUGUUUUAAUGGCAGAUCCAAGACAGCGGACAACACGAGCUGCUGUAGAGUCGAGUACUGAAGAGAAACUGUGAGGUAUCGGACUGCAAUAUUCAAAAAAACAUCGAGUUUUGAGUUUUAGAGUUUUUGUCCACUGUAUUCCUAUCUUUUUUGAGACGUUUCUAGUGGUCAUCCGCUUUUGUUCUUUCUCUUUGUUUCAUUAUGAUUAAAACACUUUGUGGCAUCAAGCAAACGGGAUACGGGUUCCUUCUAUGAUGCUUAACCUGAGAAAUUUUUCUU